ACCCCCCCCCAAAAAAAAAAAAAAGAUUCUGAGAAAUAAACGGUGAUGGAUAUUAGAGAAAUCGACGAUCUUCCAAAGAAUGCCGCCAACUACGCGCCGCUGACGCCGUUGUGGUUCUUGGAACGAGCCGCUACGGUUCAUCCCACCAGAAUAGCAAUGGUCCAUGGAUCUCGUUCUUACACGUGGCUCCAAACUUACCACCGCUGUCGGCGUUUGGCCUCCGCACUCUGUAAACACUCCAUGGGAGCCGGUAGCAUUGUAGCUGUAAUUGCACCAAAUAUCCCUGCAACCUAUGAAGCUCAUUUUGGGAUUCCCAUGAGCGGUGCUGUAAUAAACCCUGUCAAUAUUCGCCUAAAUGCAUCCACCAUUGCUUUCCUCUUGGGUCAUUCACAAUCUUCUAUUGUCAUUGUGGACCAAGAGUUCUUCACAUUGGCACAGAAUUCAUUGAAAAUCAUGAAGGAGAAAAGCCAAGGCCAUUUCAACCCUCCACUUCUGGUUGUUGUCGCCGACGAAAACUGUGAUCCUGAAGCACUCAGGUAUGCUUUGGGACAAGGAGCCAUUGAGUACGAAAGGUUCUUAGAAAGUGGUGACCCUGACUUUGCUUGGAAACCUCCCCAGGAUGAGUGGCAAAGCAUAUCUUUGGGUUAUACUUCGGGCACAACAGCCAGCCCUAAAGGGGUGGUUUUACAUCACCGAGGGGCUUAUUUGAUGUCUUUGAGUAAUCCUCUUGUAUGGGGGAUGAAUGAAGGAGUUGUGUACUUGUGGACUCUUCCUAUGUUCCAUUGCAAUGGUGGGUGUUUUACUUGGGCACUUGCAGCUCUUUGUGGAACCAAUAUAUGUCUUCGACAGGUAACAGCUAGGGGAGCCUACUCAGCCAUCGUAAAGCAUGGAGUGACUCACUUCUGUGCUGCACCUGUGGUGCUCAAUACCAUAGUUAAUGCCCCAUCAGAGGAUACAAUUCUUCCUCUCCCCCAUGUUGUUCAUGUAAUGACAGCCGGUGCUGCCCCGCCGCCUGCUCUUCUAUUAGCGUUGUCUCGAAAAGGCUUCAGAGUCCUUCACACUUAUGGUCUCUCAGAAACCUAUGGUCCUUCAACAAUUUGUACCCGGAAGCCUGAAUGGGACUCGCUGCUACCCGAAACCCAGGCUCGUCUAAAUGCACGUCAAGGUGUUCGUAGCAUUACCUUAGAACGCCUAGAUGUGAUCAAUACCAAAACAGGUGAACCUGUCCCUGCUGAUGGAAAAACUAUAGGAGAGAUAGUGAUGCGCGGCAAUGUCGUGAUGAAGGGUUACUUAAAGAAUGCGAAAGCGAACGAGGUAGCGUUUGCAGGCGGCUGGUUUCACUCUGAGGAUCUUGGUGUGAAGCAUCAAGAUGGGUACAUUGAAAUAAAAGAUAGAUCAAAAGACAUCAUCAUAUCUGGAGGUGAAAACGUCAGUAGUGUUGAGGUAGAAAAUAGUUUAUACUUCCACCCUGCAGUGUUGGAGGCAUCCGUGGUGGCCAGAGCCGAUGAACGGUGGGGAGAGUCACCUUGCGCUUUCGUGACGUUGAAGCCAGAAAUCGACAAAUCAGAUGAACAACGGUUAGCGGAGGACAUAAUAAAGUUUUGCAAGUCCAGGAGGCCCGCAUACUGGGUUCCUAAGUCAGUCGUGUUUGGUCCCUUGCCAAAAACAGCUACAGGGAAAAUUCAAAAGCAUGUGCUAAGAACCAAGGCAAAACAGCUUGGACCCGUCAAGUUGAGUAAGCUGUAACUCUAAUUGUAUAUUUGUAUAUUUAUAUAAAUUUUGAUACGUUAAUGAUUCAUAUAAGAUAAAUUCUAAUAUAAUGGUAAAAGGUGUAUCGUUAUUGUGUAAUGUGUUAAU